UUCCUUGUGAGUUUAGGGAUCUGCUCCGUGUUGUUUGAGACCCGGAUGGGCUGCAUGAAGGAGGUGGUGCCCGAGGAAACCCAGAAGUUCAUCUUCUCCGUGGGGGAAAUGUUCCGUCUGUCUCACAUCAUCGUCCUCUUCCCCAAGUCCGUGUGGCCCUACUUACCCUUCUGGAAGCAGUUCGUGGUGGCCUGGGAUCAUCUCUUCAAAGUCGCUGAAGAGCUGGUGCAGCAGAAGAUGGAGGAGAUCCAGGAGAAGGUGCACCUGGACCAGAGCGUGGAGGGAGCGUACCUGACUCACCUGCUGCUCGGCCAACAGAUGACGGUCACGGAGAUCCUGGGCAGCAUCACCGAACUGCUGCUGGCCGGAGUCGACACGACCUCCAACACCGUGUCCUGGUCUCUGUACAGUUUGGCGAAGCAGCCAGAGAUCCAAGAGCAGUUAUACCAGGAAGUGAUGAGCGUUUGUCCCGGAGACAAGGUGCCAAACAGCGAAGACAUCCAUCAGAUGCCGUACCUGAAGGCCAUCAUCAGAGAGACGCUUCGGUCAGAGAGUUUCUGUCUUUAUCAAUAGAUUUCAUUGACAGGAUGCCGGAGACGCAGGUUUGGCUGAAAGGACCAUGUCAAUGUCAAUGUCGGGGCGUAUUGAGGAGUAUAAGAUCAGCAGACUGUAACAUGCAGCUGCUGGUUUCAACAUAUCGACCCAGAGGAAUAAACAUGAUGUAUUUUACUGAGAACAUGAAUGUCUCUUUAAAGUGUCAUAUUUAGAGGACAUUGGGGAACAUAGAUACGCUAACACAGCUAGCCUAACUCUGACCAGCGGCACCUCUAAAGCUCACUAAUAAGCACAUUAUUAAUUAUUCAUACUUUAUUUGUUAGGGACAUAGAUUGUAUAAAGAAGUGGACGUAGUCGUCAUGAUGUCACUCGUUGGUUUUUGGAUGUUUUGAAGC